GUAAAACCAGGUGCUAACAACACAUUGAGUAAGACCGAGUGUACAGACACUGAAAAUGCAUAUUUUUUGUUUUAAGUUUUUGUAUGUACAUUUAAUUCUAAAUCAAGUUCUUUUAUGAUAUAAAAUGUAAUUCCAAAUUAAUUGUAGUUUCCACCUGGCAGCAAGCAGGUUGAAUGAAGAACGUCUCUGGGUGAAACAUUUUCCCCUCGUCUCCACUUUUCCUUCGCUGCAUUUCACCCGGAAAAGAAAAGUAUUUUCGUGGAAGAUAAAGAAUUUUGGUGUUCGUGGGAGUAGGCAAUCACCCUGAGAAACCGUGUAAUAUACGGCAUGCAAUGUUUACACCGGCAACUGCUUAAGCAGAGGUUUAAUUCAGGGUUUUACCAGCAAGCUCACAGAGAAACGUAGUCGCUGCUAAAGUUACAUGAACCUCUUUCUAAAAAGAGAUACACAGGCAGAUGCCGCUUUAAAUUUCUGAAGUAAGAUCGCAACGCAUUUUGUAACGUUAGAGGAGGUGAAUUAAUACUGCAUUGAGACCACUGUAAUAACACAAAUAAGUUAAACGGCAUCAGCUGCACCUUUUUGUCGAUCUGCAAGACAUCCCGCUGCUCGAAAACUGCAUCUUCGGGGAAUACACCGGUGAAUCGAUGAUGAAUAUUCUGUGCAUUUAAUUAACAUCUUGAAACGCGGGCAGACGCCCGUGCGUCAUUUUACCCGUCGCGCUGGCCAAACGCCUCGCACACCAAAACUGGGUUUUGCAAAAAUCGCCGACAUUCAAGAGUGAACGGCAACUGCUGAGCAGAGCGUGGCGCAAUUUCACAAGACUUGAUGGCUGGAAUUGCGGCACGUCGGCUGUGAACGGGUCUCCCGUUAUCGAUGCAAGUGUUGCAGCGCAUCCCGAACGGCCGGGCUUCCACCGCUGCUCAGAGCUGCAGCGCUCCCGCGUUGAACGGCAGAGGCUCUGUUUAUCCGCGCGUUGUUAUAUUAUUUUUUAUUUUUUUGCAAAAGGGCUCAAAUUAACAAGACGCUGUUGCAUCAGACUCUGUGCCGGUCGGUCACCUGUCGGGAAUGCUAACAUACCUCCUACUAACACAUACUCAGUCACUAAGCUUAUCCUCCCGCUUCUCCGAGAUGCAAGACGUGAAAAGCGGUCGCAGAAGCAGAUACAGAAUUGGGAGUGCACGACUUCUGGUUGCAUAAACGUCUCUCUUUUACAAACUUUUUUUUGAAAGAUCCCCUCUCCCUCCCCUGCCUUCGGUGAAGGAUUGCAAGAGGUAUUUAACAGGAGAAAAAAAAAGUGAAUCGCAGUGGACAAGUACCCCCGGCGUCACAUCUCGGCGAGCGCUCCUUGCAAAAAGAAAAAAAAAAUGUUGCUUGCACGCUGGCAGCAAGCAGGUUGAAUGAAGAACGUCUCUGGGUGAAACAUUUUCCCCUCGUCUCCACUUUUCCUUCGCUGCAUUUCACCUGGAAAAGGAAAGUGUUUUCGUGGAAGAUAAAGAAUUUUGGUGAUCGUGGGAAUGCCGCUUCCAAGGGAAAUGAUGGCAUAAUUCACAAGGGUACACUCUAAGCUGCUGUCACCACCGUCGCUAACUGAAGAGAUCACAAAAUCAGCUUUGAAUGAUGCAGUCAUGUGAAUGCUUUAUGAAAAUACCGAAAUGAAAUGCAUUCGAGAUUCAUAUCAAGUAGAGAUUGAAAGAAAAUGAUUUCCUGGCCAUGGUGGCUGAUUGUUGGACUCAAACUCGUUACCCUGGCAACGCUGAAUUUUGCCCAGGAUCCUGAAGAUUGCAAACUUGCGAGAUCAGGUCCUCCGGCUACAAUCGUCGCCAUUGAUGAAGAAAGCCGAAAUGGAACACUUCUCGUGGACAACUUGCAGAUCACGGGUUACGCUGGUGGCCCUAAUCCCACGAUCGCCUUAUCUCUGCGAGGAAACAAUGAUUACUGGGUGCUUCUGGACGCUGUCAACCAGAAACUGUAUUUGAACAGCACUGGCAGAGUCCUUGACCGAGAUCCUCCGCACAAUAUCCAGUCCAUUGUCGUUGUCCUCGACUGUGUAAACCUGCAAGUUGGAAGUGUCAUCAAACACGAAGUGCGGAUCAUAAUCAAAGACCGGAAUGACAAUUCCCCAUCUUUCCAGCGAUCGCGAUACCAUGUGGAAAUCAAUGAGCUAACCCCAAUUGGGACAACCAUUUUCACCGGGUUCUCUGGAAGAAAUGGAGCGCUCGACAUAGAUGAUGGGCCGAAUGGACAGAUUGAAUACGUCAUCCAACAAAAUCCAAAUGAUCCAGAGUCUGGUCGGUCAUUUGACAUUCCACUCUCAUUAACAGGAGCUGUGGUCUUAAGGAGAAGGCUCAAUUAUGAAGAAAAAACACGGUACUACGUCAUUGUCCAAGCCAAUGACAGAGCUCCAAACCCACUGAACAGAAGAACCAGCACAACAACGCUGACAGUCGACGUAUUGGACGGAGAUGAUCUCGGCCCAAAGUUCCUUCCAUGCGAAUUGGUCAAUAACACCAGGGAUUGCCAUCCUCUGACGUACAAAGCCAGUCUCCCCGAGCUCACGGACCCGGCAAGGAUCAACCCUGUGAAUGUUACGCCUCGGAUAUUCGCUGUGGAUCAAGACAUCAAUAUUAAACCAACAGAUGAGAGACCGGGGAUUGUCUACAGCAUUCUCGUCGGAACGCCUGAAGAUUACGCUAAGUACUUCUAUCUGAAUAAUGUCACCGCUGAGCUUUAUCUCCUAAGACCGAUAAAUAGGGAUUUUCAUCAGAGAUUUGAUUUGGUCAUUAAGGCGGAACAGGACAACAGGCACCCACUGCCAGCUUUUGCCGAACUGCAUAUAGAAGUCCUCGAUGAAAACAACCAGCCCCCUUACUUUGAACGUGCCACCUACCAAGGAUUCAUCAUAGAAUCUGCUCCAGUGGGAACAACAAUCUCGGAUAGUUGGAACUUAACAACACCAUUGAGGAUUGUUGCCCUGGAUAAUGAUGUGGAGGAGACCAAAGAUCCGAAGCUGCAGAUUUUGGUGGACGAUUUCAUCAGGGCCUUCACGAUAACAUCGUCCGGAAUAACUCGUUACCUGACCUUGCGCGAACCAGUGGAUCGGGAACGUCAGCAGAACUACACUUUUACAAUGUCUGCCUCUGAUGGAGUUCAAGAGAGUGUUCCAGUCACCGUCAAUGUCAUGGUGAUCGAUGCAAAUGACAACACUCCGAUUUUUCAAAACAUUUCCUACAGAGUGAAUGUUUAUACCGACAUGAGACCUGGAGAAGCAGUGAUUCAGCUUUCUGCAUCGGAUGCUGAUGAACACAAGAACGGACAAAUUGUUUAUGAAAUUGUGACUGGGGACCAAGGGGACUUUGUGAUCAACAACAGCAGUGGGCUGAUCACUGUUGCUCCAGGAGUUAGUCUAAACGUUGGUCAGACCUACGCUCUCACUGUCAAAGCCAGAGAUAACGCUCAACCAGAUCAACAAAGAAGUUCCAUCACCACUGUCUACAUCGAGGUUCUGCCUCCAAACAAUCAGAGUCCACCGUGGUUCCCACAAAUGAUGUACAACUUUGAAGUGAGUGAAGCGAUGAGAAGAGGAGCAGUUCUGCUGAAUUUGAAGGCCACAGAUCGUGAGAGGGAUCCGAUUACCUAUCGAAUUAUUAAUGGAGAUCCACAACAAGUGUUUAGCAUCACUCAAAGCACUGGCCUGUUAAUCUUGGAAAAACCUUUGGACAGGGAGAGCACUGAUCGAUACAUUCUGAUUGUCACGGCAUCUGAUGGCAAGCCUGAUUCAACUUCCACUACUACCGUCAACAUAAUGGUGACCGAUGUGAAUGACAACGACCCCAAAUUCGACGUCGUCUUUCUCAAGAACUUCACUGUGCUGGAGGAGGAAGCAAACAUCUACGUCGGGCAAGUCAAGGCCACCGAUCCAGAUGCAGGGAUUAACGGGCAGAUUCACUACAGCUUGGCCAACUUCAAUAACCUUUUCAGGAUAACAUCAAACGGCAGCAUCUACACCAUGACCUCGCUGGACCGGGAGACCAUGGAUCGGUACGACCUGCUUGUGCAGGCUUCCGACGGGGCCCGCGACCCGCGACGCACCACCUUGUCCGUGCCCAUCCGAGUGCUCGACGUCAAUGACAACAGCCCCGUCUUCUCACAAUCCAACUACGUGGUGUUGGUGCCGGAGAACAACGACGUCGGGAUGGUUAUUCUGCAGCUCCAGGCAACAGAUGCUGAUUUGGGGCCAAACACAACGUAUCGGAUAAGAACUGCGGAGGCUAGGAAUCUAUUUGCUGUCAAUCCGCGGACAGGGGAAUUGUCAAUUUUAGAGUCAGUGGAUUAUGAAGCUCUGGACACCGCAAAUGCGAACUACAAUUUUGUUGUCGAGGCAGUGGAUGGAGGAGGAAGCAUGCCACCAGGAUUAGCUACCGUCAUUGUUCAAAUUAAGGAUAUGAAUGACUACGCCCCUGUAUUUAGUAAGCCUCUUUAUAAGGGGCUGGUGGCACCAGAUGCUCUUAAGGGGAGUCUCAUCACUGUCGUGUCAGCUGAAGAUGUCGACCCUCCUGGGAGCCCAGCAAGCAACGUCCGAUACAAGGUGGAUCGGACUGAAUUUCCCUACAGUGCAAGCAUAUUUGAAGUGGAGGAAGACACAGGGCGGGUGCUUACCAGAGUAAACCUCAACGAAGAACCUAACACCGUUUUCGAGCUGGAAAUAAUUGCAUAUGAUGACGGAGAACCGAUACGGUUUAAUGCUACCAUCGUGGAAGUCACUGUGCUGCAGCCAUCAGUAAUUCCACGGUUUACACAGGAAGAUUACAGGCCUCCACCUGUAAGUGAAAAGGCUCCAGUUGGAACAGUGGUUGAAACUGUAUUAGCAGCUGCUAUCAAUCAAACUGUGGUGUAUUCAAUUAUAGCAGGAAAUGAUGCUGGAGUGUUUAAAAUCAAUAAUCGUACAGGAGUCAUCACGACAAAUAAGACGUUGGAUUAUGAAUCCAUAAAAGAUUACGUCAUUCGGAUCCAGGCAGAUUCAUUGCUGUUUUUCAGAUCAAACCUCAGAGUUCCUUCAAGAACCAACACUGCAAAGGUUUUCAUCGAGGUGCAAGAUGAAAAUGACCAUGCCCCUGCUUUCACCAAGACUCUCUAUCUGGGAGGGGUGACAGAAGAUGCCAAGACAUUCACCACAGUGCUACAGGUCGAGGUUGAAGACGAGGACAGUGGAAACUACAGUAUAUCUCAGUUCCGACUGAUCAUACCGCCCUCCAAAGAUGGAAAGGACGGCUUUGUCAUCGAGGAAUACACGGGCAUCAUCAAGACAUCCAUUACCUUCCGAAACAUGAGGCGAUCGUAUUACAAGUUUGAUGUCAUUGCCACUGACAACUAUGGAACAGAACUGAGUAGCAGCGCACAAGUUGUUGUAUCGGUGGUCAAUGAAUUGGAUAUGCAAGUGAUUGUUUCCAAUGUCCCUCCUACGCUGGUGGAACAGAACAAGGAUCAGAUCAUUGAGAUAUUGGAGCGUUACGUACAGGAUCAGAUUCCAGGGGCAAAAGUAGUGAUCGACUCCAUUGGGCCUCGUCGGCAUGGAGACGGCUUCCAGGAAGAGGAUUACUCCAAGUCAGACCUUAACGUGUAUGCCAUUGACCCAUUGACAAACAGGGCAAUAUCAAGGAAUGAGCUCUUCAAAUUCUUGGACGGGAAGCUGCUGGACAUCAACAAAGAAUUCCAGCCUUACCUGGGACAAGGGGGUCGUAUACUCGAAAUACGCACACCGGAGGCGGUGGCGAAUGUUCAGAAGCAGGCACAAGCUGUGGGCUACACAGAAGGUGCUCUGCUGGCUCUAGCCAUCAUUAUCAUCCUCUGCUGUCUGCCAGCUAUUCUCAUCGUCAUGGUCACCUACAGGCAAUUCAAGGAACGGCAGGCUGAGUGUGCAAAGACAGCGCGGAUCCAGAUGGCUCUGCCAGCAGGGAAAUCAACUGCUGGAACGGCAGCUAACCUGUACGAAGAACUGGGAGACAACACCAUGAGAGGAUAUGGACAACAAGAGCAACAACAAUUACUGAGGCCCUCACUUCUCAGACCUGAGGUAAAAUAAUCUGAGCUCUCAAUGGAAUCUGGCAUCGACCCUGGCCAGGACUACUAUGCACAAGACUACUACAAUUAUGAGCCCGGGUAUGAAGUACCGCAGUACGGAAGUCGUCGGAGAUUGAUCUCCCCGUCGGGAUUGUACGAUGAUUACGGAGAGGUGGUGAUGGAAGAUGACGGCAGCUACUUCUACAGCCCACAGGGAUCGAAUGCAGAUGGCGAGUGGGCUCGCCAUAAACGGGUCAAGUUGGUGGUGGACCGCGAGUAUGAAACCAGCUCGACCGGGGAGGACAGCGCAUCGGAGGCGCAGAGGCUUCGGGUCAAGCACCCGACCAACCACAGCGGCAUGAACAGCAACAUCUACGUGGUGCAGAACGGAUCCAUUAUAAGAACCAGACGCACUUGCCCCGCCGCGGCCAACGGAAAGACGGCCUCGCCGGCCAGGGUGGGGAAGCACUUCAAGAAACUGGACCGGCUCGAGGCCACUCAGGAGGAGAGGGCCCCCUUGAACAAUUCGCCGUCAGAGGCGACCCCUUCCUGCAGCCGCGACCACCUCAACGCCGGGCCCCCGUCGGGCAGCUCCGCCACCCCGGGGCCCGGCAACCGGGAGGCCGGAACCAGCGCGGCCAAGGCGAAGAGCGAGCGGGCAAACUGCCCCGGCGGCGACCAAGAGACGGCAAUCGACAUCGAGGACGGCAAGGGGUCUCCUCUGGCGUGUCGUAGCGAACAGGCACAGUCUGAUGAGGAAGAACUGUGGAUGGGACCCUGGAAUAACCUUCACAUACCUAUGACAAAACUCUAAACUAGAAUUUUUAUCACAAUUGACGAAAAACAAAAAAAAGCCACUUUUUUUAUAGCCUCCGUGGGAAAUGUAACUGGUCUCCAAUUUGUUCACUUCAGGCGUGCAUUUUGAUUUAUCCAACUUGAGGACGUCGGCCAUCUUGACAUUCCCAAUCAUCACAGAAGUGGGUCAGCAUCUUUAUUCACAAAGAAAUCCCUGGUUGUGAUCGCAAUUUCAUGCUUUGAUUGUGAAUAUUGGGAGUGGACUCCAGGCGAAGUAAAACAUAAAAAAGGUUCACGGUUUGAAGGACUGAAGCAAAUUGGUUUCUUUACAUGACACGUAAACCCUAUCUAUUUUUGCAGUUGUCGAUAGAUUAGGCCAAUUUCAAAAUGGUGGCCUGGUUCUGACCGAGCGAAUUACAUACCUUCAGUGACUGAUGGGCAUUUCAGAACCUACCCCCUCGGGGUACAAAUUCAUCUUUAGACACAUGCACUGAAUAGAAGAUGCGAUGUCGGAUGCUGGCAUUGUUUUCAAUGGGACUGGCUUUAAAUAGUGGAUUCCAGCAUCCUGUGUUGAGUGCAUGCGGCUGAUGAUGAAUCUUAUCCCUGUUUUGUUAGAAAUAGAAUAAA